AUGACUGGAGGCUUGCUCAAUCGACCCGGCCGUACAAACCACCAGCCUGUAUUUUCAUCAAGUGUCAAUCAUCCCUGCGGUGUAGACAAAGAUUGUGUUCCCAUACCUGAACUAUCAACUAACUUGCCACCGAAACCAUCCGAGGACGUACGUGCCUAUGUUGUGGAAGAAUUUAUACUGACUCUGCGUAAAGACUUUGGUGGGCUUUCUGAACAGCCAGUUUCUUGA